CGGGUCCGCGCCGGACGAGGCCCAGCCCGUGUCAGCCUCGCCCCGCGGUAGAGCCAGCCCGCUCGAGCCGGAGCCGGAGGACUUGCGGGCCUAACCUCCCCCGCGCGGCCCGGGAUGGGGUCCCAUUCCGGUGCGCACCGCCUCCGGGUCCCGGGGACCGUCUCCGCUGCGAGAGUCUGAAGCGCCGCCGCCCUGGGGUGGGUGGACGGCCAGGCGCGGGGGCUGAGCCGCUGAGUGACCUUGGCAAGGCCGAUCUGGCACUGUCGAAGACGCGCAGAUGUUUUCAAGUCAGAAAACAUUUACUGAGCACCUACUAUGUACAAGAUGAACAUCUGCAACAAGCCCUCUAACAAGACAGCCCCUGAGAAGAAUGUGUGGACAGCACCCGCACAGGCCAGCGGACCCUCCCCGGAGCUGCAGGGCCAGCGGUCCCGCCGGAAUGGGUGGAGCUGGCCCCCUCACCCGCUCCAGAUUGUGGCCUGGCUGCUGUACCUCUUCUUUGCUGUGAUUGGCUUUGGGGUCCUUGUUCCCCUCCUGCCUCACCACUGGGUGCCUGCUGGCUAUGCUUGCAUGGGCGCCAUCUUUGCUGGCCACCUCGUGGUGCACCUGACUGCUGUUUCCAUCGACCCAGCAGAUGCCAAUGUGCGGGACAAGAGCUAUGCUGGGCCUCUGCCCAUCUUCAACCGCAGCCAACAUGCACACGUCAUUGAAGACCUGCACUGCAACUUGUGCGACGUUGAUGUCAUUCCCAGGUAUGGGCAGAGAGGGGAGCAACACUUGACUACUUACCAUGUGCUAAGUGCUUAUGAACAACCACCCUGCAGAGUGGGCAACAUCUUUCUCACUUCACAGAGGAGGAAGAGUCCUAUGCUCAGAAAGGCUGAGUGGCCUGAGGCGCGGGUGGGUGACCCGCUCCAGGCGCGGAACCGGCAACCCCCCAGCCAGGCCGGGCAGCAAAAGGCGGGAGCAGCUCGCAACCGUGCUGUGCCCCCUCCCCACCUUAGGAGUGCUCGUUCCAAGCACUGCAGCGCCUGCAACAAAUGCGUGUGCGGCUUCGACCACCACUGCAAGUGGCUCAACAACUGCGUGGGCGAGAGGAACUACCGGCUCUUUCUACACAGUGUGGCAUCUGCCUUACUGGGCGUCCUGCUCCUCGUGCUGGUGGCCACUUAUGUCUUUGUGGAGUUCUUUGUCAACCCCAUGCGGCUGCGUACCAACCGCCACUUUGAAGUCUGCCUGUGCCUUGCAGUCUUGAAGAAUCACACAGAUGUGUGGUUCGUGUUCCUGCCUGCUGCCCCUGUGGAGACCCAGGCUCCUGCCAUCCUGGCUCUGGCUGCCCUUCUCAUCCUUCUGGGCCUGCUCUCCACAGCCCUGCUCGGCCACCUGCUCUGCUUCCACAUUUAUCUCAUGUGGCACAAGCUCACCACCUAUGAAUACAUCGUGCAGCAUCGUCCGCCCCAGGAGGCAAAGGGGGCCCACAGGGAGCUUGAGUCAUGUCCCCCCAGGAUGCGGCCCAUUCAGGAGAUGGAGUUCUACAUGCGGACCUUCAGCCAUGUGCGCCCAGAGUCCCCUGGCCAGGCCAGGCCUGCCUCAGUGAAUGCCAACCCCUCCCGGUUCCUUGCCACCCGCGGCCACGUGGAGCCUCCACCGCCCUCCUCCCCAGAGACUCUCGCUCUGCCCCCCCGGAUCCGACCCCAGAAAAAAAGGAAGCGGCGCAUGUAUAAGGUACGGACCUCCAGAACCUUGGACCGGGAGCUCCCGUUGCCCAGGCUGCCGGGGCCGCGGACCCCCGGCCGCCGCUCCAGCUCGUCCUCGGAUUCCGCUGACGCCAGCCCUGCAGGCGCCUACCACUCGGCGUCAGCCGAGUCCAUGGACGAGAUUCCAGUGGCUCAGACGCGCCUAGGCAGCGCCGGUCUGGGCGCCCCCGUGGGCAAGGGCAGAGAGCCCGGGCUGGCGCUGCAGGCGCGUGCGCCGGCCGUUUUCGUAAGCCCGAGUAGCGGCGAGCCCGGUGCGCGGGGCGGCCCGGAAGCCGGUCUCGCUUAGCUGGGACAAGAAGCAGGGAUGGCGGAGGAGCGGCGGGACAGACUCUCUAUGCAACACCCCCACCCCCGCCGCACUGAGUGCACUUUAGGGGCCCCUAAGGGCCGGCGGGAUCGGCCCCCUCCCCCACGACUCAGCAAUAACAGCCCCACCAGCCGUGAUGCUCCAAUAAACUUUUUUAUGCUUU